AGCAAGCAUUUUUAUCACCUUCAUUCCAUCAUUCCAUCCCAUUCACUGAAGAAGAAGAAGAAGAAGAAGCUCAAGCUCUUGCGAAUCCUCAUCCAUGGCGGACGAGGACGACAAGAAGAAGAAGAAGAAGAAGGACAAUGAGAAGGAGAAGACGAAGACGAAGCACAAGGACGAGAACCCCCACUUCAAACCCUUCUCCUCCGUCAAAGGCAUCCGCUUUGGCACCCAGUUCAUCGUCAAAUCCUUCACCGUCCGCCGUGCCGCCCCUCUUGAGCUUCUCCGCCUCCUCGCCAUCCCUCCUUUCAUCCAAUCCUUGCCCCCUUCCUCUUUCUCCUUCCCCUUCCCCUCCACCACCACCUAUCUCCCCACCAACUUCACCAUCCUCGCCCACCACGCUUGGCAUACCCUAACCCUAGGCCUCGGCACCAACAAAUCCAAGGUACUUCUCUUCGUCUUCGAGACUGAAUCCAUGAAGUCCGCUAUUGAUCACCUCUGGCCCCCCAUUCUCCCCCUCGGCGAUGUCAACAAGAAGCUUAUCCGUGCCCUCACCGGCUGCGAGCUCUCCCGUUUCAAGUUCCGCAAGGGCUGCCUCACCUUCUACCUCUACGCCGUUCGCCGUCUUGGCGCCUCUGGCUUCACCCGCGCGGAAGACCUCCGUUCCAUCCUCGCCGCCGUCGUUGCACUCAAGGAUUUCCUCGAUCACACCGCCAUGCUCGCUCUCCCCAGCCAAAAAAGCAUCACUUUUCAACCCCCUCUCGCCAUGGCCCAUUGACUCCUCCUCCAUCUAAAGCUCAGAGCUUGUCUUCUUCUUCAGUGUGAGAAUUGAAAAAGAUUGAGUAGAUUGGAACUGGAAAUUCAGUGAGUGAGAGUGACCUGGUACAGAAUUUUGAAAAGAAAGUGAAAUGUUUUGGUGGAACAGAAGGGAUGUGGGUCUCCAUUGUUUGGAAGUUGAAAGGUUUGAGCAUGGUGGUUGAAUGGUUUAGGGUUAUGAUGGCAAUGGGUGGGGAAAAAGGUGAGCAAGCAUGAUGCAAAGAAAGGAAGAGGAUGGGGCCAUUACCUCACCUAUUUCUUGGUCUUUUGGUCUACCAAAGAGAGUGACAUCUCCUUUUUCUGCAACUCUCUUUAAAUCAUUUUCAAGACCCAUCUUUUCUCAUUAAAUUAGUGUUAAAACAAUGGUUAAAUGUCUCAGAUGCAUAGAUUAAGGACCAAGAGAUUGAUUUAGGGUGAAGAAUACUUCAAUGUUUAGAUGUUGUUGUUGUGGUCUUUGUACUGGCACUCUUUCAUCAUUCCUACUGAAAGUUGAUGCAGAAAA